AUGCAGUCUCACUUGGAAAACAACGAUGUCAAAUUGGAUGCGUUGAGUGAACCUAAUGCAAGUUUAAUCGAGAACAAUGUCACUCUUCCUAAAGACAUAUUCGGUUCGUAUUCAAGUUAUUUGCUUUACGAAGUGGCUAGCUGUAAACCGGCAUUGUUUUUGUUCCUGGUGAUCGUGAUUUCAUUUUCAUUGAUCGUGAUUUUUAAUGAUCGCGAUAAUUGCGUUGGCUUUUCUAUAAUGGUGAUUGUGGUAUCCCUUCUGGCCUUAAUAGUUGUUGUGGGAAAUACGGUUGCGAGACCGACGAGAAACCAAAACUUCAAGAUAAAAUUUUUGGUGGAGGUAAUAGGACGCAAGCCAUCUGGUAAACCUGGUCGUAUCAAACCAGACCCGAUUCUGGGGGCGUAUGUUUUGAAAGCGGUAGAAGUUGAGAAAGAAGCUCAGCGUGAGUAUUGGAGGAAACAGUUUCCAGACGCUGAUUUACCUUAA